UUCUCGUGCUGUAUCGAUCUUAAGCUGGAUAAAUUAAUUUUACGAGCAUCCCCGAUCGUAUGGAAUCAAAAGGAAAACGGUAGGGCAAUCAUAUCAAAUAUUCAUUCAAGACGAGGCUCUUCGUUUCGAAUACAUUUGGCGACAAUCUUGACAAAAAAGUGUAUUCUAGCUUUGUUAUUGUUUAUCAAAGAAUGGUUCGGCAUUGUCUAGAUUUAAAAGUAAUAUUUACAAUCAUAUUUAAAGCAAAUUUGAUAAUGAGGUCAUCACUUGCGUGAUCAUUACGUUUAAAAACUAAUGAUUAUCGGUGAAGUAUAAUUUCACAGCCGUUUUGUCAAAUUUGUUUAAAUUUCCUCUACUCGGAUACUAAAAUACUAAAAAUCUCCUAGAUGCUGUACGCUACAUUUGCAAUAAGAUAGAAGAAACGAUGCAGUACAUGUGCAAAUAGCAAUCUUGUAAGUUAUUCGGACCAAAAUUGUAAAUUAACGCAGUCAAAAUAUAUUUUUAAAUUAAAAAACAUCAAGACGGAAUACUUCCUCUGACAACUCUGACAAAGAUGAUUACUUUCCAACGUCGACUUUAGUUUGGAAAACUGCCCAUAGAGCAAACCCAUUUUCCGGGGUUUUCAGAUGAUAGCUCCAGACUGUAGUAACAAAUCCUGAAAGAACAAUGGAGAACGAAUAUUUGCAUGUUCCCAAGGAACUCAAAGGUCAUGUUAUUGGAAGGGGAGGACUAGUGAUAAAGGAGAUCAGAAAGAGUUCUUCGGCAAAUAUCACUUCAAGGAGCAGAGAUGAGGAAGGAUUUACUAUCACUGGAAACAGGGAACAAAUAACGCUUGCGAAGAGAUUAAUCUCAGAAAAAGUGGUAAGUAAUUUAAAACCUGGAACGAUUCCGUAAAUUUUCUGUAAAUGGAAGCAACUUUGAAGAGGACCUGCAAUUGCAUCAGGCCAUCCCUUAGUUUCAAAUUAAAAAAAUCCGUUUAAAAACGGGAAUGAUUCCGUAAAUGUUCACCGUACUAUGAAGGAAACAACUCUGGGAUGGACCUGGAAUUCCAUUCGGCUAUCCUUUUACUUUUACUUAAUCACACGACUGUUAGAUAAAUAGAAUAUUUCCCGAAUAAAAAUUUCAGUCCCUUACACUGUCUUUGACAACCACGAGUGGAAGCACAAGGAUGCCGACCUUGAGUCGUUAAUAGUUGUACAAUUUUCGACAAGUUUUUGGUAUCUCUGUAUCAUAAGUUGUUUUUCAUCUCGUGGGUCUUUGUUUUCUGUGGGAUUUUAACAGGAAGAAGUUAAGAGAAGGAAAACUGAAGGAUCUCCGGGUGAACUGGUAAAAAUUCCAGAUAAGUACAAAGGAAUCGUCUUUGGUGUGGGAGGCGAUACCCUCAAAAAAAUAAGCACACAGACUGGGGCAACGAUGAUUCGUAUACAAGGAGAAUGUUAUAUAACGACUGGUACCAAGUCUCAGAGAGAUAUGACAAAAUUACGUAUUUGGAGUAUAGUGGUGAGUAUCACCUUAUAAUGUGGUCUACAGGUCAGUCGACAUGAUCAAUUCGAACUCACAACUUAACAUUAAAGUUUUCUGGAACAAUUGUUUGGUAUAUUUUUUUUACUUGUUGCCAACUGUUAAAAAAUAAACAAACAUCAUACUAUUUCGUGGGUAAAAUUCCAUGGAAGGAAAUUCUUUCGUCUUGUCUUUGCCAGGAAACGAAUUUACGUGAGCAAGUCAAGGGAUCUGUUCAUCAGCACGAAAUGUGCAAUCUAAUUGGUUCUCAGAGUGGUCUUAGAUGUAUAGCUGCAAUACAGGCCACGGAGAGGAUCGGUUCACGGAUAAACAUUGUCUGUGCAGAAAAUGAAUGAAAAGCCUGUUAGGCAAUUUUCCGCAGACUUAAGCUACAUUUUCCAGUGCUGACGCUCUCAUUUUUUAUAAUUAGUAAAACUGAUGGGUCAGUGCAAUCCUUAACCAUAAUCGUUAUAAUAUAUUUAUGUCGGGAAAAGAACUAAAUGUUGUGGACCUUGCACUGUCACAAUAUCCCACUGCUGGUUGUAAUGACAAUCCAAAAUUUAAGUUACCUUCUUUGAUUGCAGUAUAAGUUUAGGAAUGAUGUUUUUUGUCUUGUCACAAGCGUGAGACAAAGAGAAAAAAAUCAGAUCUUCGGGUUCUGCGCUUUGAUGCUCUACCACUAAGAGACUCAACGGUGAGCGAGGCUCAGUACGAAGUUCAUACAUAACACGCGUCCUGCAUACUACUGAGAUCAGCGAUGUCGAUAGCGUCAUGUUUGUAAAUAGAUUGAGAGAGAUGGUAAGCAGACACGCAGGACGCGUGCUCUAUAUGAACUUCGUAAUGGAUCUCGCUCACUUUAGAGUCACUGUGGCUUAAUGGUAGGGUAUCGGAGUGCGGCAUCCGAAAGAUCUGAGGUUCGAUUCCUCAUGGGGACUUAGAAUUUUUUACUUUGUCUCACACUCAUGACAAGACAAAAAAAACAUAUUUCUCUAUUUCUUUACCGGGCUCAAAACGUACCAUUCCUCUUACUCAAUAUAAGUAUAUUUUAACUCCUUGAUUAUUUUAUGUGAAGGCAGGGGCAAGACUAAGGGGAGUUGAAAAGCCUUGUAACAAGGUUUGUUGCUACAUCGAUGGCUGGAAUCUUCCAGAAAACUCUGAGUUAAUGCUGAAGCCUCAGAAUAGUUGGUUGGGUCUUCUGGAAAAGGAUGAACAUUAUCGACUGCUACCGACUGAGGAAUAUGAACCUCUGCAGGUUUGUUCAUUCUGAAGACGACAAUUCAACGUUGUUCUCAGCGGUUUUCGUUACUUUAUUUUUACUGUAUUGACGAUGAUGUCUUUGAUUUGUUUUGUGAUAUAGUUGUUAAGUUCCUUUUCUCAGUUAUGAUGUUUUCAGAUAUUUCUUAUAGUGUGCUUUAACAUACUAGCACCAACCUUGAAACUAUCAUAUCCAUAAUCAUCAAUCUCUAUCAGUUGUCACUUUUCCAAGGUGGUAAAUUCGUAGCGCAGCUCUGAAAGAACAGAGCACUUAUUCGCCAUAAGUUAUAUCUGCAAUGAGUUAUAAUGGUGCAAACCCGUUACAGGUUAAAGGGAGAACCACCAACGACUAUUAGGAUAUACCAAUAUGAGUGGAUAGUGUUGAAGACGCGCUUUGAUUCGCUAGUCAAACUCUGGAUAUCCUUUGCUUUUUACCGCCGAGCAACUCACGCGGAAUUUGCGCUCGAAAAUGUCGUAAUCAUUGCGGAAUAGUUGAGUUAUAGUCAUCUUUUUGAGUUAUUUUUAUCUCACUGUUUAAGUAUAUAAGAACCAACAAUUAGUCACAGUGUCGAUGGCUGGCAGAAGAUAUUUAUCGAGCCUCGAAGCGGCGAGAUAAAUAUCCCCCACUAGCCACCUCCACUUUGGUGAAUAGUUGUUAGUUAUUAGAUACAAUCAGUAAAAAGUUUUCCUUUGUUUUCUCUUAUCAAGGAAUCAAGUUGUAGUGAUAGCACGGCAUACGAGUUGAGACUAAAAGAAGAUGCUUUGGAAUCUCUGCUCAGAAUUAAAAGGGAAAAGGGGUCGAUGGCCGACAUGUGGUGUCAUUUUGGAAAGGUAGUGAUCCGCGGACCCGAUGAAGGUAAACUUACUGAGUAUAAUUUGUUACAAAAGACUAUUACAGUUCUCUCUUUUUACGAGUAUUGACUCAUCAGUUUGAAAUUAUCCAUUCAACAUGAAUAAAUAUGUAAUAAACCUUAAGAAAUUGUCAUAAAGUCAAAUCUACUGCAGCUAUCUCCUAACUUUGCUGAUCACUUAUCUAAAUGAUGGUAAGAAUAAUGAUCAAAAUGUACUCAAAACUCGCUGGUGGCGUUCUAAUCUAUAAGAUCUGAAAUCCACUCCGGCUAAACCUGCAGAAGUAAGAAUUUGAAACGCUCGAUUGAUUACAGCGGAGGUUUCAGAUGAAGAACAAUGGAGUAUUGAAGAAGCAACGAAAAAAUUUCAACCUCAGGAAGGACAGGAUUACUGGAAAAUCGCAUUUAAGGAAGGUGUCAAUGUUGAUCAGCAAGUCUUAGAGAAAAACUUUGGUCAGAAAUACCGCAGAGAAUAUCAUGCAAGAUAUGACUUGACCUUCGUUGUGUCCAGUGGACACGAAUUGAGAGGCAAGGUACGUAGAAGGAUGGCAGGGAGGAAAAUUCAACCGGCUCAAAACUUGAUUUUAUACCCCAAUUCUUAAGAUUCUGGACCUACUGGUCUCUCAAAACUACGUACGUUUGGCUAAAUUCAUAGUUCACGGAAAACUAAAUCCCCUUUUUAGUAGCCUAUAUAUAGUUCAGUUCAGUUACGCUCGUUUCAAAACUUACGAAGCUAUUUCAAACCCUUAGAUGUAAGCACCCACAUUUGUUUGGCUGCAUGAUUGCGGAAUGACACUUGAGAUGGUAACCCAAAGCAUGAAUUACGGAAUUUAAGAUGAAUCUAGUGAUAAUCUUGUAUCCACUGAUAUAAAAAAUGUUUCAGUUGAAGUAAUUGGGCCGUUAGUUUAUUAGUUUUUAUGUCACCUUCAUUAAAUAAAGACAUCACUUACUUACUUACUUACUUAAGUACUGUUAUGUAUAACAGAUAUGGGUACUGAACAAGGACUCUGACAAAGCAGUGAAAGAGAAGGCAGUCCCCUUUAGCGACGUCAAAAAUAUAUUGGAGGAAAUUUAUUUCGAAGAUGAAAAAACACGCUCAAGGUGUCGAGGAUGGCUGGCCCUUCCAUCUCGCAGAUUUCUACAGGCUGACAUUUUGUUUCCCGGAAGCGAACUUGAUUGCAGAAUAACUUUACGGAAACGAAAUGGUGAACGUUAUUUAAGUAACUUUAUGUAUUUAAGUCAUUCACUCUUUUUUUCAGUGAUCAAUACUAAUUUAAGCUGCCAAAAUUUAGGUAAUCAAACGUAAAAUGCGUUUUUAAAAGCUAUGUCUGCCAUGAAACAUAAAGUACCCGUUGGGAGUACUUCGUCAUUUCACGCUGUAUUUCAGUUUGCCGGUCCGUGUAACUUUGAACUCUCAAGGAGUCAAGUUUGCUAGUUGGUUAUUUUUGCCAAUAAAUCUACCAAUAAGUAAAUAGAUAAAAUAAUGAAAGUACUGGAUGAAUGUAAAGAACCAUAAAUGUUUUUCAAACUUCUGAUCGAAAUUAAUGCCACAACGUACGAAACUUAAAAUACCAUUAAAAAAAUGCAGAUCACCUCAGAUUUAAAUAAAACAUUGCUUUUCAGUAGAUGAUGCAUGCUCUUAGCCUUGUUUGUUUAACUUGGCCAAAGACAUAACAAUCAUGUUUUUCUUUUAGAUGAUGCCGUGUCUACCGAUUAUGCUGAUCUUGACGAAAAUGAAAGACAAGCUCUGUUAUCAUAUCUGUCCAAGCUAACUUUUACGUUCACGGAAGACGAUGAAGUAAAUGGAACAAAUCUCCCCGCCGAUGAGACUUUGUCAAAGGAAAUAUUUCUACGUCACAGACGAUGUUCUCAUCGAACUGUGUUCGAACCACAAGCUGGAUUUUUCGUUAUCCUUUCUAAGGAGAUGUCGUUAUCUUACGAUAUAGAGGAAAAAGAGGAAAGAGAAACGGUACAAAAAAUUAUGAUGGUCAUCAUUAUUGUGACUAGCAUCCUCGCAUAUUGAAUCAGACACACGCAAUUUAUACACUUGUAAUGAAAUAAAUAAUCGCUUUCACGAGUAAUCGUAGUGUCCAUUUUGGCCAAUCAAGGAAAGUUUCAAUUUUCAAUGUUUUGUUGACAAAAUUUAUUUUCAGCAUGUAAACCUAUGGCUAUUUACUGAUAAAAACGUUUUUUUUUUUGCAGGUCGAUCUGCAUCUACACUGCAAAGACUGGGACGAACAAUUAAAGAAUGAAAAUUGGAAACCUGAAGAUAUCGUUGCGAAGUUACCUGAAUUUCUUCAAUUCGUUAAACGAGUUCAGAGUGUUAUUAGCAGUGAACUGCGCCACAGCAACGUUGACACUUGAAAAUUUAAUUAGCUUGAUAUAGGCGAUAAGAUGCAUCAAAGCACGGGAUCAUCAACAACUGUAAGCUGUUCUUCCAUGAGAUGUUUUUUUCUCAAGAGGAUAACAUGUGGGAGAAAGUAAUUGUACCAUAAUUAAUACUUCAUCAAUCAAUUAUUUGAUCAAAUGUGUAUUUGUAUAUUUCAUGACUUGUACUGUCGCGAUAAAGGGUAAUAUAUUCACUGCUGAUAAUAUUAUCUUCACGCCGUACAUGUAUAUUUAUUGAAUUCUACGUGUCCUACGUUUAUGGUAUGGUCUUUGGCACGUAGAUAUGCGCAGUCCAAUAGACUUUAUCAGCGAGUAUCAUCAAGAGCGAGUCACGCAGGGCAACUUGACAACUUCCGUAUUUUUUUUAAUGUAAUAUCAAAGUAAAAUGUUUUUAAUGGCGAAAUAUACUAUGAGUCUGUAUCCAGAAGAUCACUGUUAAGAUACAAUCAAAGUGCGUCACCACAUAAAUUCCUGGUACACUCGGUGUUCAUACCUUUCUCAAGCCAAGACUCGCCAAACAUGUAAACAAUGUAACAAUGAAAACGUAUCUGCGUGGGAUAAGCUCGAGAAAUUAUUGAGUGUUUUAAACCAAUAUUUACGGAAAACUAACUCUCCAUUUCCUGGGAUAGAAUAUACUAAUACG